AUGUCAUCAGAAAGAAAGAAAAUAACCGACUUAAUAAACAUUCCCGGUUUCACUUUCUCUUUCGAGUUAACUCCGAAUAUAUCUGAAGAUGAAAUCAAUGCUUUGGAGAUGAGCCCUGUAUUUUUCUCCGUAACAUGGCACGCGAAGGCUCACCAAUGUAAAAAUCUGGAAAUCGAUCCACUUCAAACUGUGCGUCUUCUCAAGAGUAAAGGAAAAAAUGUUUUAUUGCAUUUAACAUGUGAUUUGCUGAGAAUGAGCUAUUUGGACCAACUCUUGAUAUUUUUAAAAGAACAAGACAUUUGUAAUUUGUUCGUUAUAUUAGGAGACAAUUACAACCCUGACACAUCUGACUUCAAAAGCACUACAGAACUUAUUAAGUACAUUCGAGAGAAAACAGGGGAUUACUUCUGCAUAGGCAUAGCUGGUUUUCCAGAUUGUUCAGAUGAAAAAUUAUUGCAAUUGAAGCAAAAAUUGGAAAAUGGUGCUGACUUUAUCGUUACUCAAGCGUUUUUCGAACCUGAAAUUCUAAAGAAAUUCAUCGAACAAUGUGAAAAUUGCGGUAUUAAAGCUCCUAUAUUACCAGGAGUGUUUCUAUUCGAAAACUAUGAUCAAUUAGCAAAAUUUCUAAAUAUGUGCAAAGGAAAAGUUUCUGAUAAUUUCGUUAAUAUUAUAAAGAGUAAAGAGCAAUCAGGGGCUCCCUGCAGUGAAGUAAUCAAGAAAAUGGUUCAAGAUUUAAAAGAACAAAUUAAUAUAAAUCAUUUCCAUUUUUUUACUAUGAACAAGAUGCAAAGUGUUUGUAAUUUGAUUAAGCAAUUAGGAUGA